AUGGUGAGAGGGGCUGCUCGGCAGCGCCUGCCCCGCACUGGCCCGGUUUCCAGAACCACAGGCCUGGCGGAGAAGCCACCUCGCAGACGAAGAAGCAGGACUGAGCUUGCCCUGAAAGAAACCAUGUCAACAGGCGGUGGGGAGGACGACAUCCCUCAGGGAGAAAGGAAAACUGUCACAGACUUCUGUUACCUGCUGGAUAAAUCCAAACAGCUUUUUAAUGGCUUGAGAGACUUACCUCAGUAUGGGCAGAAGCAGUGGCAGUCUUAUUUUGGGCGCACCUUUGAUGUUUACACCAAACUCUGGAAGUUCCAACAGCAGCACCGGCAAGUUCUGGACAAUCGGUACGGAUUGAAGCGCUGGCAAAUUGGUGAGAUCGCUUCCAAGAUUGGGCAACUUUACUACCACUACUACCUUCGCACAUCUGAAACCAGCUACCUGAAUGAAGCGUUCUCCUUUUACUCUGCUAUCCGGCAGAGGUCUUAUUACUCCCAAGUCAACAAAGAAGACAGGCCUGAACUGGUGGUUAAGAAACUGCGUUAUUAUGCACGAUUCAUUGUGGUUUGCCUUUUACUCAACAAAAUGGAUGUUGUUAAGGAUCUUGUAAAGGAAUUGUCAGAUGAGAUUGAAGACUACACUCACCGCUUCAACACAGAGGAUCAGGUGGAAUGGAACUUGGUUCUUCAAGAGGUGGCAGCAUUCAUUGAGGCAGACCCGGUUAUGGUCUUGAAUGAUGAUAAUUCCCUUGUGAUCCUCUCCAACCGCCUCUCUGAAACAGGAGCCCCUCUGCUGGAGCAGGGGAUGAUCGUGGGGCAGUUGACUCUUGCAGAUGCACUUAUUAUUGGGAACUGCAACAAUCAGGUGAAGUUCAGUGAGUUGACAAUCGACAUGUUCCGGAUGCUGCAAGCUCUGGAGAGAGAGCCAAUGAAUUUAGCAUCACAAAUGAAUAAGCCUGGAUUGCAGGAGACAGCUGAAAAGCCAGCGAGGAGGGAGAAUCCCCACAAAUACUUGCUAUACAAGCCAACUUUCAGUCAGCUGUAUACCUUCCUAGCUGCGUCAUUUAAGGAGCUGCCCGCAAAUAGCGUCCUGCUGAUCUACCUGUCGGCCACUGGCGUGUUCCCUUCAGGUCGUUCGGAUAGUGAAGGUCCCUAUGAUUUUGGGGGUGUCCUGACAAACAGCAAUCGGGAUGUUAUAAAUGGGGAUGCCAUCCACAAGCGGAACCAGUCAUACAAAGAGAUGCACUGCCUGCACCCUGGUGAUCUCUAUCCUUUUACCAGGAAGCCCAUGUUUAUCAUAGUGGACUCAUCUAACAGUGUUGCCUACAAGAAUUUCACAAACUUAUUUGGACAACCAUUGGUGUGCCUACUUUCUCCUACAACAUAUCCAAAAGCGUUGCAAGAUCAAUCCCAACGAGGUAGCCUCUUCACCUUCUUUCUGAACAACCCAUUAAUGGCAUUCCUAUUUGUCUCUGGAUUAUCAAGCAUGCGCAGAGGACUAUGGGACAAGUGUCAUGAUUAUCUUCGAAAAAUCAACAGGGAUAUUGCACAAUUGCUGACUCAUUCCCGUUCCAUAGAUCAGGCCUUUCUCCAGUUUUUUGGAGAUGAAUUCCUUCGCUUACUUCUAACAAGAUUCAUCUUCUGCUCAGCCACCAUGAGGAUGCACAAAAUCUUCCGGCAGGAAACUAGAAAUUAUCCAGAAUCGUAUCCCCAGCUGCCAAGGGAUGAAACUGUGGAGAAUCCACACCUCCAAAAGCACAUUUUGGAGCUGGCUUCCAUGCUGGAUGUUCGAAACGUGUUCCUGGAAACCACCCUUGAUGAUUAUUAAGAUGGAAACAUGUUCUGGCUUUCUUACUGCAGAGGGGUGUUCCUGGCCACAGGUUUUUGAAAUGGUGCAGUUUUCUAAUGUGAAGAUACACAAAAAGGAAUUUACUUGAUUUUUAUUUUUAAAUUUAUGAUUAUUUUUUUAAAAAAUAAAAUGGCUGUAGGUACAGCUGUUCCAUUCUGUAUGGGGUCAAUUUUAUAUACUAAACCCUUCUGCAUCUUUUAAAAUUUUAAGACUAAAGAUAUCCCCUGGUUUUAAAUUUUGAUUUGAUUAUUGAAACUAACCACAUGUCACAAAUGAUGCUAAGUAUUUAAAUGCUAUCACUUUUAGCCCAUGUGUGUGGAAAUUCUUUAUUUUUGUACAAUUUUUAAAAAAAAU